GAAAAUAGUAAUGAUAUUAAAUCAACGUGUAGAAAAUGUAGAUAUUGGGCGGUGUAAACAAACCCGACCGUUGCCUAGCAACGGGCUGUAAACACGUAACAUUCCAGCGGAAUCACAGGCGCAGGAAUUCAAGUCUUCAAGGCACGGGAGAAGGAGGCUCUGAGGCGAAGGAGCGAAUAAUUGUGGGACUGAACAGGUCUUUAGCAUUUGAAGAUGAUGAUGCUACAGAACAUUCAGAUUCGGGAUGGAGAAUACACUAAGACUAUUUAUACGCUGAUAAAGGAACAACGAUAUAGCGAAGCUGUGCAGAUACUGAACCACAUCCUAGAUGCCUACCCAAGUAUGACGUCCCGGGCAGCUCUUUCCCUGCUUGCAUACUGCUACUUUUACAUGCAAGACUUUGUGAAUGCGGCAAAUUGCUAUGAACACUUGACCAUGCUGUUCCCCGAGGUCGAGGACUAUAGGCUGUACUAUGCGCAGUCUUUGUACCAGGCUCUCAUGAACAUGGACACGAAACCCACAGAUGGCUUUGAGAAGAUGCAGUUCCUCCUGGGUCAGAACCCCUUCCCUCCAGAGACCUUUGGCAACCUGCUGCUGCUCUACUGCAAGUAUGAAUAUUACCACCUGGCGGCAGACGUCCUGGCUGAGAACGCGCACCUCACCUACAAGUACCUGACACCACACCUCUUCGACUUCCUUGAUGCCCUUAUCACACAACAAACGUCACCUUCAGAGGCAUACCGCAAAUUUGAUGAACUUGGCUCGCGGCAUAUUGAAUUGCUACGGAAACUGACUAAGGUUGUGCAGGAAGCUCGCCAGAACCAUGAUGAUGACCAGGUUAAAAAUGCAGUGAAUGAGUAUGAAGAAGUCCUUGAAAGGUACAUCCCUGUGCUCAUGGCACAAGCAAAGAUCUACUGGGAUCUUGAGAACUACUCGCAGGUGGAGAAGAUCUUCCGCAAGUCAGUGGAGUUCUGCAAUGAGUCUGAUGUAUGGAAACUGAAUGUUGCGCAUGUGCUCUUCAUGCAGGAAAACAAGUUCAAGGAAGCCACUGGGUUCUAUGAGCCCAUUGUCAAGAAGAACUAUGAUAAUAUCCUGAAUGUGAGUGCCAUAGUGCUAGCCAACCUGUGUGUGUCGUACAUCAUGACAAGCCAAAAUGAAGAGGCUGAGGAGCUGAUGCGAAAGAUUGAGAAAGAAGAGGAGCAGCUGGCGUACGAGGACCCUGACAAGAAGAUCUACCACUUGUGCAUCGUUAACCUUGUUAUAGGAACACUCUACUGUGCAAAAGGCAACUACGAGUUUGGCAUUUCUAGGGUUAUUAAGAGCCUAGAGCCCUACAAUAAGAAACUUGGGACUGACACAUGGUAUUAUGCUAAGAGAUGUUUCCUGUCCCUCAUUGAGAAUUUAGCAAAGCACAUGAUAACUGUGAAGGAUUCAGUCAUCCAGGAGUGCAUACAGUUCUUGGAACAUUGUGAAGUCUAUGGGCGAAAUGUGAAGACGCUGAUCGAGCAGCCACUGGAGGAGAUGGCCAUGCAUCCAGGCAAGAACACUGUCACAUAUGAGUCGAGGCUUGCCAAGGCUCUCCUGCUCCAGAUCCAGCAGAUGUAAAGAAAGAGCAAAAGAAAGUGAGAAUGAGAGAGAGACAUUAGUGAGCCAUUAAAGUCUUGGGGAUAUUUCACUAAUUGGCUCUUCUAUUUAAGAUCUGAUGAGUGUAUAUAGAAAUAUAGAAUGUAGAUAAAAAUACCUAUGAUACUGUAAAAUAUUUAAUUGAUUUAGUAAAGGGCAUUAUGUAAGUUAAGUCACGUAUUUGGCGCCUUAAAGUUUGUGAUAAUAAUAUGAUCACCAAGUGCUUUAUACACAGUGAUACCGUAUCAAUUAUAUUUAUACACAUAUAUUAUAAAAUCUAUAUUUGGUGGAUUCCCAAACAGAUAUUGCACAGCAAAAUGAACUUUGCUGUCAUCUUCCUUUUUAAUUUCUUUGGAAAACAGUGUGCUGUAGAAUCACAGAAAUUCUAUUUUUGACAUAUAUUUUGAAUACUUCAUCAGAGUGAAAUGUGUAAUUCAACAUAUAUUUAGGCUUGUAAUUUUAAAGAACUCUUCUGGUGAAUGAGUAGUUUUAUUCCUUUUAACUGGAGCAGCUGGUAUUCAAAGCUAGCUGUUACUUUUUUUCGAUUUUAUGGAGUGAAAUAUGAUAUACUUAGCACUUUCCUCACUACAAGUAAAGGUAGUCUCACACACACACACAUAAACCAAAAAAAUGCUGUACUAAAAGAAUAUGUAAAGAACAAAGAAUACUGCCAAGCAUAAAGAAUAAAAAUAUACUCUAAU